UAAAUGUCAAAAUCUGACGUUUGUGUAUUUUAUAAACAAACAUGUUUUGUAUAUUUUAGGAUUUUAAUGAUUAUCGUUAGGCGAACGAUGUAGUACUGAAAAUGUGUUUGGAACAAUGCACCGACUGUUUCGCUAGAUGGAAAUUAUGGAUAAGGCCGAUAUUCAUAAUUCUCUACGGUCUAGCAGCCUUAGUUUUCAUCCCUUUGUUUUUGGUGAAAUCUCUCAAAGACGGCUUCAACAGGCACGAUCAGGAAAUCCUGAUAGGCGGAAUAUUCGUCUGGGUGGCCAUUCCUUUGUCCUGUUGGGAAAUCAUACAGCACAUUAUACAUUACGCGCAGCCCAAACUACAGAAACAUGUUAUUAGAAUAUUAUGGAUGGUGCCGAUUUACGCUGUUAAUGCAUGGCUGGGCCUCAUUUACCCGAAACAAUCCGUUUACGUAGACAGCGUAAGGGAGUGCUACGAGGCAUUCGUUAUAUACAAUUUCAUGAAAUUCCUCUUGAAUUACCUCAACAUGGAGAUGGAUCUCGAAGCGAGCUUGGAACUCAAACCGCAAGUCAAACAUAUAUUCCCGCUAUGCUGUCUACCCGAUUGGGAAAUGGGCCGAGAAUUCGUUCACAUUUGCAAGCACGGAAUAUUACAGUACACAGUCGUAAGGCCUUUAACCACGGCGAUUUCUUUUUUGUGUAAAACUUUCGAUGUCUACGGGGAUGGUCAAUUUAAAGCUAACGUGGCGUUUCCUUACCUAACAGCCGUUAACAAUCUAUCCCAAUUCAUAGCGAUGUAUUGCCUCGUAAUGUUCUACAAAGCGAGCCUGGCCGAAUUGAAACCGAUGAGACCGCUACCGAAAUUCCUCUGCAUCAAAGCCGUCGUGUUUUUCUCGUUUUUCCAAGGGGUGCUUAUACAGCUAGCGGUUUACUUCGACUUGAUCAAGCCGAGCCCCGACACCCCGGACGACGGGCCGAGCCUCUCCACGCGCCUCCAAAACUUCCUGAUCUGCAUCGAAAUGUGCCUGGCGGCCAUCGCGCACCACUACAGCUUCUCCUACGAGCAGUACCUGACGCCCGGCUCGCCGACGCCCCGCCAGUCCUGCUGCUCGGCCUUCCUGGCCAUGUGGGACGUGUCGGACGUGCGGACGGACAUCAGGGAGCACCUGGGCAUCGUGGGGAGCUCGAUCAGCCGCAGGAUUCGGGGCAGAUCGAUGUACAGCGUCCCGCGGGGCGAUGAUGAAUACGCGAAUCUGGUGUCGCCGAGAUCGGCGACGAGCGUCCCGACGCCGGGGUACUAUCAGACCGAUUGUGAUGAGUUGGUGGUGAAUUACGGCACCGUUAGCGCUAGUCAGCCUGUCGGGGUGCACGACAAUAAAUUUAACGCUAAGACUUAAACGGCUUUAAUGGUUAGAUGUAAAAUGUAUACUCUAUUAUUAUGAAUUUAUGGAUGUUUAUAUGUAUUGAUUGGAUUGAUGCGUUCAAUUAAAUAUUUA